CCAGUGUUGCACCUUGAAUCAAGAUCCAUCCAUGGAGCCAAUGCAAGGAAGAGUGCAGAUGUGGAUGCUCCUGUGGCUCGCCUUCUGCUUGCUCGAGCAUUCGCAUUCGCUGGUGUUCCCGUUCCCCAUGCCGUUCUUUGCCCCUUCCUACACCAACCAGCAAGACGUUGAUGCUGUGAACGAGCUGUACGCGUCACUGGGCUCGCCGGACCUCCGUGGCUGGGCUGCCUCGGGAGGAGACCCUUGCGAGGAGGCAUGGCAAGGGGUGCAGUGCCUCGGCCCCAACAUAACCGAAAUAGUACUCAAAGGCGCGGGUCUAGAAGGGAAGCUGAGCGAGGCACUCGGAAAGCUCACUGCUAUUACAAGAUUGUUUGUGAAUUUACAUCAUAUUUCAGUUCUACUUUCUGUCCACUACCACUUCAGUUUAUUUAUUGACAUUGUUUUUGGAUUGUGUUCAUGCAGGGACCUGUCAUCAAACAACCUCGGCGGUGAGCUGCCGGAGUCAAUGGCAAUGCUCAAAUCCCUUUCAGCACUGCAUGUGCAGAACAACAGGCUAACCGGGACACUCGAUGUGCUGCGUGAUCUUCCCCUGAAAGACCUGAAUGUGGAGAACAAUCAGUUCGCAGGAUCAAUCCCAGAGAAGAUGCUGAACAUCCCAAAAUUUCUAAGAAAUGGCAACCAUUUCACCAUUCCGAUCCCUGGUUCCUCUCCGACUCCGGCGACGUCGUCUCCUUCUCCAGCUGCACAUCCUCACAUUACUGUAAUUCCAGCAGUUACUCCACAGGACACUACACACGGUGGGGCUCCUCGGAGGCACGCCAACAAGGUGUUUCCGGCAAAGGCUGCCGGAUUCAGCAUUCUCGCUGCCAGUUUAUUGACCAUUGCUGUCGUUGUAAUCGUGUUCGCAACCUUGAGAAGGCGGCAGGAGAUGUCCACUCGGGAAGGGCACCUGAGCGCAAUUGUGAGGAGCGUGGCAAUCUGGACAAGGAAGCCUCCUAAGCUAGGUGCAACUGCCAACCCUGACAAACAACACAGUACAGUCGCUGCAAAUGACAUUGUGGGGAGCACUCUGAGAGAUUGCACAAAGGUGUCGGGUUUAUCGGCACAUACACCUCUCAAGAACUACAGCAUGCCAAGCAUUGUUUCAGAUAAGAAUGUUCAGCGGGGGUCAGAAGAAGGCAAACCCUCGACGGUUUCCUUCAAGUUCUUCACUGUUGCAUAUCUGCAACAGUGCACCAACAGCUUCAGCGCUGAGAAUUUUCUGCGAGAAACUCGGUUCGGCAAUAUCUAUCUUGCAGAGCGCCCAGAAUGCAAGUUUGCGGUGCUGAAGCUUCGCGACACGGCUACGAAAAUGGCGGCUGACGUGUUUCUGGAGAAUGUUCGGACCAUCGCCGACCUUCGACACCCCAACAUAGAAGAGCUUGUGGGUUGCUGCGUGGAGCACGGACAGAGGCUGCUCGUGUACAAAUAUUUCAGCGAACACACAUUGGACGACAUGAUCCACCGCGGCAGCAGCGACACUGCCGAUCCCGGCAACAAGUUCCUGUGGGAAGCUCGGAUCGCCGUGGCCCUCGAGGCCGCCAAGGCUCUCGAAUACCUCCAUGACGGUGGCGGCGGCCAGGAGGGACAUGUCGCCGUUGUCCACGGACAUUUCAGGGUCCACGGACAUUUCAGGCCGGAGCAUGUCCUUGUCGACGGCGAGGCGCGGGUGCGCGUGUCCGGGUGCGGCCUCGCCCCGUUCGCGCCACCGUCAGCGUCAGGAACUACUACGGACUGGCAAGACGACGCACUGAGCUACGUCGGCCCGCCGGAAGAAGCCGCAACGACGGAGGCGGCCACAGGCCGCGACGUGUACUGCUUCGGUGUGGUGAUGCUGCAGCUCCUGACGGGGCGCAGGCCCUACGACAAUGUGCGGCCGCGAGGGGAGAGGCUCCUGGUGCCGUGGGCUGGCGCGCGGCUGCACGAUCUGAGCGCUCUGCGCAGGAUGGCCGACCCACGCCUCCGGGGCACGCCGGUGCCGGUCAGGUCCCUAUCACGGUUCGCGGACAUCAUCAGCAGAUGCGUGCAGCGGGAGGCUGAGUUCCGGCCGGCGAUGGCGGAGGUGGUGCAGGACCUAAUGGGCGCCACCGCCACGGAAGAGGCGCACAUAGCGGACGACUGCGGAGAGCUAUCGCCGGUGACGGCAGAGUACCAACUUGGUGUGAACUGCUCGCUCUGAUUGACAUAGAAAACUGCCAAACAUGUCCUCACCAUCAGCAUAGAAUGCAUCUAUUGUACUCACUAAGCCAUUUACUAUGCUGCAUUGCCUUUGAUCUCAGGCUGGAAGCACUGUUUCAAGCAAAUUAUUUUUCCAGCAAAGGAGAAUUCUUGGGUUUUAUUUGGUUAUAGGGUGCAACGCCCGGACGACACUUGAGGGCCCUAAUAGCAAGCUAUUCUGAUGGACCCUCCCUGACACUUAGCCCACAUAUCAAACAGAUACUGCACUUGAUCUUAGCCAAAAGGUCGAGAAAGAUAUGAUUUGAAACUUUGUCCUCCCUCUCCUUUUAUGGCUUCUUGGGCCAACUCCACCACGUGUGCCGG